AUGGCCCCCAAGAACCGUGUGAUCAUCGAUACCGACCCUGGUAUCGAUGAUGUUCUCGCCAUGCUCUUGGCCCUCGCGGCCUCCCCUGAGGAGUUGGAGGUCAUGAUGAUUUCAGUCACAUACGGCAACGUGCCUCUUCAGAGCUGUCUACGCAAUGCGGUUGCGCUGUUCCAUGUUCUGGAGAAGGAGUUGGCCUGGCGCAAGGAGAACGGCAAGCCCGAGGGUUUUGAGUCGUUGAGGGCCUAUAAGCCUAUUGUAGCUGUCGGGGCAGAGCAUCCUCUUGAGGAUGAUGAGCUGGCAGCCGACUACUUCCAUGGCAUCGAUGGUCUGCACGGCGUCCAUGAGAAGCAUCCCCACCUCACCCCCGACGACAGAUGGAAGGCACUCUUCCACACAGAGAAGAACGUUGACCACGACCCGUCCCCCUUCAACCAGUACUUCACACCAGCCAAGCAGGUCGCUCACAAGGAGAUUCUGCGCAUCCUGAAGGAGAACCCUCCCAACACCAUCUCCAUUUGCGUCGUUGGCCCCAUGACGAACGUCGCCCUCGCCGCUGCUGAGGACCCCGAGACCUUCCUCCGUGUGAAGGAGCUGUGCGUUAUGGGCGGUGCUGUCCACGUUGAGGGAAACAUCACUCCCGUCGGUGAAUUCAACACCUUUGCCGACACCGUCGCGGCGGCCCGAGUCUUCGCUCUGACUUCCCCUAACCCCCGCUCCACCAUGCCUCCCAUCUCGAAGGAGAAGUCAUCUCUCCCGCCUUACCCAGCCAAGCUCUCCAAGCAGCUCAAGCUGACUCUCUUCCCCCUCGACAUCACAACGCCCCACCUGCUCAACAAGAACUUCUUCACCGAGAGAAUCAAGCCCAUCGUCGAGGCAGGCAGCCCUCUUGGACAGUGGGUUGACCACUUCAUGUCCAAGACCUUUGAGAAGGUUGAGUCUAUGGAGGGCAACGGCCAGGAGCCCGGUCUCUCCCUACACGACCCUCUCACCGUCUGGUAUCUCAUUACACAGUCCGACCCCAAGUGGAAGCCCGUCGCGGAGCCUGAGGACAUCCGCAUCGAAACCUCUGGCCAAUGGACGCGCGGAAUGCAUGUCAUCGACCGCAGAGUCAGAGCUAAGUACACCGAGGCGGCCCUCGAAAGCGAUUCCACCGGCGAGGGUGUCGACGUUCUUACACUGGCUGAGGUGCCGGGCGACUGCGGCGGUUGGCUCAGCUACAGCAGAGGCAACAGGAUCAACAGGAUGGUCGGGUCUCCCGGCGAGGAGCUGUUCGCGCAUGAUCUGAUGAAGAGAAUCUUUGGUUGA